AGCUUUAGUUUUCAAAGUUUGAUGUUCCCGCAAACACCUUGUUCGUCGCAGUCCAAUCUUGGAUUGACCUGUUCGUUCCGAUCAUUCAUACGGGCCUCUGUGAACAAGAUCUUUCCCUUGCAUCCAUUGAAGAACGCAUUCCAGAGAGAAGCCGAUGGGUGCAAACAGCGACACCAAUCCGGAUGCUUCCGACGAGCAGCAGAAGCGGUCUGAGAUCUAUACCUACGAGGCGCCAUGGCACAUCUACGCCAUGAACUGGAGCGUCCGUCGUGACAAGAAGUACCGCCUCGCCAUUGCUAGCCUUCUCGAGCAGUAUCCCAACCGUGUCGAGAUUGUCCAACUCGAUGAUUCCAGUGGUGAGAUUCGCUCUGACCCUAAUCUUUCUUUCGAGCAUCCCUAUCCUCCUACCAAGACCAUCUUCAUCCCCGAUAAGGAGUGCCAGCGCCCUGAUCUUCUCGCUACUUCCAGCGACUUUCUCCGUGUUUGGCGCAUCUCGGAUGACUCUUCUUCUGUGGAGCUCAAGAGCCUUCUUAAUGGCAACAAGAACAGCGAGUUUUGUGGUCCUCUUACCUCCUUUGACUGGAACGAUGCCGAGCCCAAGCGUAUUGGAACCUCCAGUAUCGAUACUACCUGCACCAUCUGGGAUAUUGAGCGGGAGACCGUUGAUACGCAACUUAUCGCCCAUGAUAAGGAAGUCUACGACAUCGCCUGGGGUGGCGUUGGUGUAUUUGCUUCCGUUUCUGCCGACGGUUCUGUCCGGGUAUUCGAUUUGCGCGACAAGGAGCACUCUACCAUCAUCUACGAGAGCUCCGAGCCUGACACUCCCUUGGUUCGACUAGGCUGGAACAAGCAGGACCCUAGAUAUAUGGCUACAAUUAUCAUGGACAGCGCCAAGGUCGUCGUUCUUGACAUUCGCUUCCCAACACUCCCCGUCGUCGAGUUACAGAGACACCAAGCUAGUGUCAACGCUAUUGCUUGGGCGCCGCAUAGUUCUUGCCACAUCUGCACCGCCGGGGAUGAUUCUCAGGCCUUGAUUUGGGACUUGUCGUCCAUGGGGCAACCCGUCGAAGGUGGCCUCGAUCCCAUUCUUGCAUAUACAGCUGGAGCAGAAAUCGAGCAGCUGCAAUGGUCCUCUUCCCAGCCGGACUGGGUUGCGAUUGCCUUUUCGACUAAGCUUCAGAUUCUAAGGGUAUGAUGCAUCUAAUCCCUAGUACGACACUUGAAGAAAGUUCUAUAAUUCUUCAAUUCCUCCCAUCACCAGGAUAAUACUUCGAGUCCAAAUUGUAUUGAAGAAAAAUGUUUCUAGCAUUUUGGCUCUUUCCGCCAAGAAAGAUGUUUCUUAGAUUUGUAGUCAACAAGAUUUUAUUAUAUUAGAUUAUGAUGGUGUUUUCACUGAACAAGUAUUUCAUUUUUCAAA